GGAAUAAUUACGUCGUCCGUAUCUGUGUCGGAACAUAGAUCCAAAUUAAAAGCAACUUACUUAAUUACAUAUCGUUCGUGUUUUUUUCUUCAAAAAAUGGCGUCAAAGCAACUGAGCAGAGAAGAGCUUGAUGAGAAGGCGAAGCAAGGAGAGACCGUCGUCCCAGGUGGCACCGGUGGCCACAGCCUCGAAGCUCAAGAGCAUCUUGCUGAAGGAAGGAGCAAGGGAGGGCAGACGAGGAAGGAGCAGCUAGGACAUGAAGGUUAUCAGGAGAUCGGUCACAAAGGUGGAGAGGCGAGGAAGGAGCAGUUAGGGCACGAGGGUUAUCAGGAGAUGGGUCACAAAGGUGGAGAGGCGAGGAAGGAGCAGCUAGGGCACGAGGGUUAUCAGGAGAUGGGACACAAAGGAGGAGAGGCGAGGAAGGAGCAGCUAGGGCACGAGGGUUAUAAGGAGAUGGGACGUAAAGGAGGACUCAGUACGAUGGAAAAAUCUGGUGGAGAGCGUGCGGAGGAAGAAGGGAUUGAGAUCGAUGAGUCAAAGUUCACCAACAAGUGAUAGUAGUUACGAGCUACUAGUGUCCGCUGCAACAGUCUGUUAUAUAUCAUCUAAUAAGUAACCUGCUUGUAGGUUCCGUGUUUGGCAGCGUGGAUUUUAACUAGGGUCUAAUGUAGCGCGUUUAGGUUUUUUGUGUUUUAUAUGUGUGUGAUAUAACUAUGUAUGGCUUGUACUAACGGCAGUGUUGUACCGUUCAAAUGGUAUGCGGUUAUGUUAUGUAAUGCGGUUGCCGGUUGGUUUUACUUCGUGUCUUACUUGUGAUAGUAUGUUGUGUCCAACAACGUGAGACUUGAUAUGUUAAGAUUGCAGCAUAUCAAAUGGCUGUAGAAUAGAAAAAAAUCAGGUAGUAAUAACACAGUUUCAAGUUGUU